CCGCAACCCCAGGCGCGAAUGUGUCGUGGAGCAACAGUCGCUUAACCCUAACACUUCUGUCUACAAGAAGAAAUGGAUAACAUCCUCACUUUCGUUUGACCUCUGUGGUUAUUUCGCUUUUAUGCCUGCCACAUCACCAGAAUCGCUCUCGGUAAAGAAUGGAUCUUAUACCGACGCCUCUGGAGUCAAUCCCAGGAGUCAAGGUACCAUUAAUGAGCAUAAUCCCCUACGAUUUCAAGGAUUUCUCUGAAUUCCCCCAACGACAUGGAUUUGAGCUAGAACAGCUACUUGCUGCCGAUCAAGCACCUGUAUUGAUCGCAUCUGUUAUGCAGUCGUGGCUCUUCUUCGGUCUACUCUCUGAAUUCUUUCAGAGACCAGUCAACACUAAGGAAUUUUCAAGCCUCGAUAAUUCAUCCAGCUCCAGGGUUAUCAGUUUGAGACCUCUUGGGCCGCUCCUCAGAUCUCAGCCUCGUAACGUCGACCUUAAAGGUCGCUGUGCCUUAGUAGAGCGUGCUACGGACGGUUUGCGCUUCCUGGAAGAUAGCCCUGUUUACCAACAGUAUACUCCUCCAAUUUCCGAGAUCGGCUUGUCUGUUAGGAUGCUUAUAUACGCUCUUGCGCCUGAAUCCGGAGGGCCUAUCAUUAAGCUCAGUCCGCAUCCUUUGAUCUCAAGGAGACUGAGGGAUGCUGGAUGGUGUCCUUCGCAUAUUCGACGAAUAGAAGGAUUGAAAAAUGAUUUGCUUGGGUACUACCUAUCGCUCCUCCGUCGCCCCAACCCUCGAGGCUUCCGCCAUGAUGCUUGUCCACCAACGAACUGCGAAGCAAGUAGCACAUCGCUAUCCAAAGAUUACGUUAGCCGUCAUACUCACGUCGAUGGGGGUCCUUGCCCUCUAAUCCAUGUCGACCAGAAGCAAGUGAGGGCCAUUAUUGCGAACGGCGACAUCCCUCUAAUUUCCAUACAAUUCUCGUCCACUGGAGCUAUUACCUUAAAAACUCGCCCGGCACAAUCACGAGAUCGCUUUAUAGCAAUAUCACAUGUCUGGUCUGACGGCCUUGGAAAUCCAAAUUCGAAUGCCCUACCAAGAUGCCAACUAAACCAACUUGGAGCCUACCUACAACAACUACCUCACCCUUCCACUCAGCCAGUGGACGGCGAUUUUCGCUCAGUCUUCAGCUACGGCCCGGUUUCCGUCGACCUCGCGAAGCUUAGCAUAAUUCUUCGAAAGUCAAAACGUCCAACGUGGUUCUGGAUGGAUACCCUCUGUAUUCCUAUCUCGACAGACUCUGCAGACAAAGAAACAAAGGAGCUGAAAAAGCGAGCUAUUGAUUUAAUGGCUGUCAUUUACGGGAGUGCAUCCCAGAUCUUAGUCUUAGACUCAAGCAUUCAACAAUCUCGGAUUAGCACCAUGGAUACAAGCGAGAUGCUCGCACGUAUUUCUUUCAGUAAUUGGAUGGGACGUUGUUGGACACUACAAGAGGGCGCUCUCAGUCCCUACGUCUACUUUCAAUGCGCAGAUGGAGCUAUAAACAUCCUCAGUGCUUUACCAAGGCCUCGCUUUCCUCAAAAUUUGUUUAUUCAUCCUGCGUCUUUUCGCCUAACUGAUUUGUCAGGCACCCUACAAUCUUUGAAAUGGACGUGGCAGCACAGUACAGAGUUGCACCAUUACAAUUCCUGUCACAUCCGUGGGAAUAUCGAACAACUGAUCUAUAAUACUCUGUAUUCACUGUGUACGACUUCGUUGCACAUUUCUGGCCAAUCCAAAGCCCAGAACUUCUACAAGCUCCCCUUGGCUCAAAUACCCCUUCUGACCGCCCAAUGGGUGCAAGAGUUGGUUUCCGUUUGGAACGCCCUAUCCAUUCGUACAACCACCAUGGCAGAAGACCUUCCUGCCAUAUUUGCCAACCUACUCGGUCUAAACGCAUACCAUGUUCUCGGGCUUCCUCCUCAGGAAAGAUUGAGGGCGAUAAUUGAAGCUGGUGAUGCGCUGCCUGUUUCCUUUUUGUACAACUGCGGACCUCGGGUGCGACCGAACGAGAAUCAUCGAGGCCGCUGGAUCCCAACUGUUCUCAAUCGCUAUGCUCUUAAUGAGAUGCCCUUAAUGCGUUUCGAUGCGGCUCGAAAUGUUUUGCUGCGGACCUCAGACAUGCUCCAUCAUGAGGUCCAUAUCAGUCCAACGUUCCUGCUCUUUCAACGAAGUUUGCCAAUCGUCCUCGAAGAGUUCAUUGUAAAAACUAAAGAUGGGAAACUAUGGAAAAUCAUAUGCCAUCGUGACGAAGAUGAUCAGUUGGAUUGCGGGCCAUUUAAGUGCACUGGCCUUCUCAUUAGAAGUGCCUAUGGCCAGGGAUGCUGUCUCCGUCUUAUGCAUGGCGUUGAAAAUACCAAGUUCGAAGGGAUAUAUGAUUGUCCUUGCACAGUUAAAGAACUCCAGGAGGAUGACUUGGAUAUUUCCAGCAGAGAUUUAUUCUCCGCCGACCAGAUCGACUCAUGGACGAUUAAGCUUCUCAACGACUCGGAUCCUGCUAUCGCCCUGAAGCCCCGUAUUUCCCAGAGCCCAAAAAUGACGUUCUUCAAUCCGAACGAGAGUGCACACUGGCUCUUACGCUUUCUUUCGAUUUGGUUACCUUUGAUUCCAUUGAUAUUGGUACCUAUGAUUCUUCGUAUCUACAUCGCUGCCCAUUCUGAAUGGUCUACGCUAUCAACUAUAGGCCGUGCAUCUCUCAUAGCUUUUAUCGUUCAGCGCAUUCCCACUCCACUGUCAUUCUUCCCAAUAACGCAAGCCCUUUUCAUUGUCGACCGAAAACAAUCUGUGGGAGGAUUAUGUUCAUUGGAUAUUGCGUACGUUGUCUUGGAUCUGAUAUGGAUUGCAUAUGUUGGUUUUGCUUUUGCACUCACUGUACAGCAGUGGGUUCAGUAUCGCUUUGAAUACCAACUUUCUGUCUUAAAGCAGGACUGGAAGCAGGAACCUGAUAUUGGCAAAGUGUGGACCGUGAUACAGAGUCACUUGCCUGGUAGCUGGAGGAGGAGGAUAGAAAAGGUUAUGUUUAACCCCUGA